UAAACCAUACUGAAACGUGUAGCAUGUGAAUUUUCGUGGUCACCGUUCAGUUCCUCUUCUCCUCUUCUCUCCGACUAUGGCUACUCAUCUUCUCAGGCUAUCUCUCUCCCCGCAACCUAAACUCUCCUUCAAUUCCACAGCCAACAAUCAUGACCUCCACUUCAUUUCUCUUCUCCCGCCGAAUCGACGCCGCAACCGCAACCUCCACCGCCGGGAAACUCUCCGGCCACAUCUCGCCGUAUCAAACUCCUUCCAGACCGAGACUAUCUCCACGGAAUCAGCAGCUGGUCUUCCAGGCCGAGCACAGGGCGAAGACUCACCGGUUCUACUCGACGUAACCGGGAUGAUGUGCGGCGCGUGCGUCUCCCGAGUCAAAAAAAUCUUAUCCGCCGACGACCGAGUUGACUCGGCCGUCGUCAACAUGCUGACCGAUACCGCAGCCGUGAAGCUGAAACCGCUCGAGGCGGAGGUGGAUUCGGCGAGUGUCGCGGAGAGCCUUGCUCGGAGACUGAGCGAUUGCGGGUUUCCGGCGAAGAGGAGAGCUUCUGGCUCGGGAGUGGCGGAGAGUGUGAGGAAGUGGAAGGAGAUGGUGAAGAAGAAGGAGGAUCUGGUUGCUAAGAGUCGGAACCGCGUUGCUUUCGCUUGGACUCUGGUCGCACUGUGCUGUGGAACGCACGCUUCGCAUAUUCUUCAUUCAUUGGGCAUUCACAUUCAUGGACCAUUUUUGGAAAUUCUUCACAAUUCAUACGUGAAAGGUGGUUUAGCUUUGGGCUCUCUCUUGGGACCAGGACGAGAGUUGCUCUUUGAUGGCUUAAGCGCGUUUAAGAAGGGGUCGCCGAAUAUGAACUCUCUCGUGGGAUUUGGUUCUGUAGCUGCUUUCAUCAUCAGUUUGAUCUCGCUAUUGAACCCCGGGUUGGCGUGGGAUGCGACAUUCUUUGAUGAGCCGGUCAUGCUUCUUGGUUUCGUGCUUCUGGGGCGUUCGCUCGAGGAAAAGGCAAGGAUUCAGGCUUCUAGUGAUAUGAAUGAACUUCUUUCACUGAUAUCUACCCAGUCAAGACUUGUGAUUACUUCAUCAGAAGGUUCCCCAUCUACUGACAGUGUGCUUUGUGGUGACACAAUUUGUGUUGAAGUCCCAACUGAUGAUAUUAGAGUAGGUGACUCGGUGUUGGUGUUGCCUGGAGAAACUAUUCCUAUAGAUGGAAGGGUUAUCUCAGGAAGAAGUGUUGUGGAUGAAUCCAUGCUUACAGGAGAAUCACUUCCAGUAUUUAAGGAAGCAGGCCUCUCAGUUUCAGCAGGAACUAUAAAUUGGGAUGGUCCUUUAAGGAUUGAAGCUACUUCGACUGGCUCCAACACAAUGAUAUCCAAGAUUGUACGCAUGGUUGAGGAUGCUCAAUCGCGUGAAGCACCUGUACAAAGGCUUGCAGAUUCAAUAGCAGGGCCAUUUGUAUACAGUGUAAUGACUCUAUCUGCAGCAACGUUUGCAUUUUGGUAUUUUAUUGGGUCACACAUAUUUCCUGAUGUUUUGCUCAAUGAUAUUGCGGGCCCAGAAGGAGAUCCCUUGCUUUUGAGUUUGAAACUCUCUGUAGAUGUUUUAGUUGUUUCUUGUCCUUGUGCACUGGGUCUUGCCACACCGACAGCGAUACUGGUUGGCACCUCACUUGGGGCAAGAAAAGGACUUCUUAUUAGAGGAGGGGAUGUGCUAGAACGCUUAGCCAGCAUAAAUUAUAUUGCUCUAGACAAGACAGGAACCCUCACUAGAGGAAAACCAGUUGUUUCUGCUAUAGGUUCUCUUCAAUAUGGUGAAUCAGAUAUUCUUCAGAUCGCUGCUGCAGUGGAGAAAACAGCAUCUCAUCCUAUAGCAAAGGCUAUUGUCAACAAAGCUGAUUCAUUAGACUUGGUCCUUCCAGUCACAAAAGGACAGUUAGUUGAACCAGGUUUUGGAACCUUAGCAGAAAUAGAUGGACGUUUGGUUGCAGUUGGGUCUUUAGAAUGGGUCCAUCAACGCUUCCAGACUAGAAUGAACCCAUCUAAUUUGAUGAAUGUGGAACAGACUUUGCUAAAUCAUUCAUUGAAUUCAACAUCUUCAAAGUAUUCAAGAACUGUUGUCUAUGUUGGACGUGAAGGAGAAGGCAUCAUUGGUGCUAUAGCCUUAUCUGACAUCGUGCGUGAAGAUGCUGAAUCUACUGUGAUGAGGCUCAAGCAGAAGGGGAUUAAAAUGGUUCUCCUAUCCGGAGACAGGGAAGAGGCAGUUGCAACCAUUGCAGAGACUGUUGGAAUUGAAAAUGAUUUCGUCAAAGCAUCUCUGGCUCCACAGCAGAAAUCUGAAUUUAUUUCUUCUCUGAAAGCUGCUGGGCAUCAUGUUGCAAUGGUAGGUGAUGGGAUAAAUGAUGCACCUGCUUUGGCUGUAGCUGAUGUUGGGAUUGCUCUGCAGAAUGAAGCUCAAGAGAAUGCUGCCUCCGAUGCAGCAUCCAUUAUACUUCUGGGGAACAAAAUUUCACAAGUUGUCGAUGCAAUAGACCUAGCACAGUCAACAAUGGCGAAAGUGUACCAAAAUUUGUCUUGGGCAGUAGCCUAUAAUGUUAUUGCCAUUCCCAUUGCUGCUGGCGUGUUACUUCCCCACUUUGACUUUGCUAUGACACCUUCACUUUCAGGAGGAAUGAUGGCUCUGAGCUCCAUCUUUGUGGUUAGCAACUCACUGCUUCUACAGCUCCAUGGGUCUCAGACUUCCAGAAAGGGCUCACUGACAUGAUAACAUAUCUUCCAUCCAUAUGAAAAUUUAUUUGUAUAAUGUAAAAAAAAUAAAACUGUUUUCACAGCACUUUGAAUCACAUCAUACUAUAAACUAUUUUUUAAAAAUUCUUUUACAUUUUAUAUGAAUGUUUUAAAUUUAGAUGA